AUAACAAGAUCCCACUAAAAGCUCCUCUGCUUUUUCUUUUUCAUGCUCUGCCAUUUUCCCACCAAAAUUCUCUCAACUUUGUCCAUAACUCUGCUGAAACUCCUCAACCCAAAAAACCCCACCAAAACCCCAUGGUUGCUACUCUUAAAAGUUAAAAACUUAGAGCCGUCACCAAAGAAUUUGGAAUCUGUUUAAAGAAUGAGAAGGACGAUAACUCGGCUUGGGCCAUGGCAGCCACACGCAGAGGGGUUGAACCAAAUAAUUCUCCUGUUGCUGCUAGAUAAUUUGCCGUUUUCUACGGUUAUUAGGACUCAGAUUCGGAUGCAGCUUCUGCAUUUCUCUUUGUUCGGUGAUUUCAACAACUAUCUUGCUUUUAUCCUUUCAAGAGCUAAGGAUGUACCUGUAGAGAUUCGAAAAGUUGCUGGUCUGCUGCUGAAAAAUGGGCUAAUGGCUGUAUACAAUUUGAUAGAGCCUGAACACCAACAAUAUAUAAAAUUACAACUGUUAUAUGGUUUAGGAGAAGCAGAUCAACACAUUAGGUCAACUUGUGGGACGACUAUAUCAAAUGUUAUUCAACAAGGGGGAAUUUUGGGAUGGCCUGAGCUGUUUCAUACUCUUCUACAUUUCCUUAACAGUGGUGAUCCAAAUAGAAAUGGAGGUGCUAUGGAUGCAUUGUCAAAGAUCUCUGAGAAUACACCCGAAUUGUUGGAUUCUGAUGACGCUUGGUCAGGUCAAAGGCCCAUCAACAUAUUCCUUCUUGAAUUGUUUGAGGUGAAAUGCAUUUUCUUGUGUUAA